AUGUUAGGAGGAUUUAUUUUGUUAAAGAUUUGCUUGUCACUGUGUUGCAGCAAAGUUACUGACAAUGCAAAGAAUUCCUUGGCCUCUCUUAAGAGAAAAAACCCCCGGCUUGAGCCAACGCUUGCCAUUAUUCAGGCACAUAAUGACCAGUUGACUCAAGAAGCAAACAAGAACUUGGCCAAAGAGAUUGGUCUACAUGUUAUUCACAUCUGUCUUCCUGAAGGCAGCACCAAAGAUGAGAUUGUCAGUGAAAUCUUGAGGCUCAAUGAGGAUCCUAACGUGCAGGGCCUUGCUCUUGACCUCCCAGAAAGCUUAUGCAGCAGUAAGGUAUUAAAUGCUGUGAAACCAGAAAAGGAUGUGGAUGGAUUAUCCAGUGUAAACCUAGGACGUUUGGUACAUGGUGAUGUCUGUGACUGUCUGGUUCCUCCUACAGUGUGUGCUGUGAUGGAGCUUCUUGAAGAUAUAGGUGGGAAGAAGGUGCUGCUGGUGGGGACACACGGGGCAGAAGGAGCUGCCCUGCAGAGCGUGCUGCAGCGCCAGGGAGCCGCCGUGCUCAGCUGCCACUGGGGAGCCCCACAGCUGCAGAGUGAGCUCCGUCACGCAGACGCGGUGGUGUUCGGCAGCACGAAACCCCACGGUGUUCCUGUGAGCUGCACAAAGCCUGGGGCCACCAUCAUCAACUGUGCUCGUGAUCCUCUGCCAGAGAAACACAGCUAUGGUCAGCAGAACAACCCUGCUGCUGAAAAGACUGUUGGUUCUCUUGCAGUAGCAAUGAGAAUGCAGAACAUGGUAAAAAACAUGGAGCGAUGGAUCCAGUCCCAGCAGUACAGGAAGUGGGACCUCCACAGCUUGAAACUGCAGCCUGUCUCCCCAGUGCCCAGUGAUAUUGAGAUUUCCCGAGCACAGAGUCCAAAAGCUGUUGAUGUACUUGCCAAGGAGAUAGGAUUGCUUACAGAUGAAAUUGAGAUCUAUGGCCAAACCAAAGCCAAAGUACGUUUGUCCCUGCUGGAAAGGUUAAAGGAUCAACCAGAUGGAAAAUAUGUUCUAGUUGCUGGAAUAACCCCUACACCCCUAGGAGAGGGGAAAAGCACAGUCACAGUUGGUCUCGUUCAGGCGCUUACUGCCCACCUUAACAUUAAUUCCUUUGCUUGUCUGAGACAACCUUCUCAAGGACCUACUUUUGGAGUGAAAGGUGGAGCAGCUGGAGGUGGAUAUGCUCAAGUGAUCCCCAUGGAGGAGUUCAAUCUUCAUUUGACUGGAGAUAUUCAUGCUAUAACUGCUGCAAAUAAUUUGCUGGCUGCUGCUAUUGAUGCUAGGAUCUUGCAUGAGAAUACUCAAUCUGAUAAGUCUUUGUAUACCAGGCUGGUUCCGGUGGUUAAUGGCGUGAGAGGAUUUUCUGCUAUUCAGCUUGCCCGCCUGAGAAGGCUGGGAAUAAACAAGACUGAUCCUAAGACUUUAACAGAAGAGGAGAUCACCAAAUUUGUACGCCUUGAUAUUGACCCAUCCACCAUAACAUGGCAAAGAGUGGUGGACACAAAUGACAGAUUCCUGCGCAGAAUAACAGUUGGGCAGGCAAGCACAGAGAAGGGAUUUGUCCGUCAGGCUCAGUUUGAUAUUGCUGUUGCAAGUGAGAUUAUGGCCAUCCUGGCACUUACCACCAGCCUUCAAGAUAUGAAAGAAAGACUGGGGAGAAUGGUGGUGGCUAAUGACAAGAAAGGACAACCAGUAACAGCAGAGGAUUUGGGAGUAACUGGUGCUUUGGCAGUUUUGAUGAAAGAUGCAAUUAAGCCCACGCUAAUGCAGACAUUAGAGGGAACACCAGUAUUUGUUCACGCUGGACCUUUUGCUAACAUUGCACAUGGAAAUUCUUCUGUUUUGGCAGAUAAAAUUGCUCUUAAAUUAGUUGGAGAGAAAGGAUUUGUAGUAACUGAAGCUGGCUUUGGUGCUGACAUUGGGAUGGAGAAAUUCUUCAACAUCAAAUGCAGAGCGUCUGGCUUGGUUCCCAGUGUGGUUGUACUUGUUGCUACAGUGAGGGCUUUGAAGAUGCAUGGAGGUGGGCCAAAUGUAACUGCUGGUGCCCCCUUGAAGAAAGAAUACACAGAAGAGAACCUCCAGCUGGUAGCUGAUGGCUGCUGUAAUCUACAGAAACAGAUUCAAAUUACUCAGCUCUUUGGAGUUCCUGUUGUGGUUGCUCUAAAUGUCUUCAAAACUGACUCUCCAGCUGAGAUUGAUCUGGUGUGUAAGAUUGCAAAGGAGUCUGGAGCAUUUGAUGCUGUACCCUGCCAUCACUGGUCAGCUGGUGGUAAAGGAGCAGUAAAAUUAGCUCAAGCUGUGGAAAAGGCAGCCAAUCAAAAAAACAGUUUCAAAUAUCUCUACAGCUUGGAGCUUCCUAUUGUUGAAAAAAUAAGGAUCAUUGCUCAGAAGGUGUAUGGAGCUCAGGAUAUCGAGUUGUCUCCUGCUGCCCAGUCUCAAGUUGAUCGUUACACCCGGCAGGGAUUUGGAAAUCUUCCCAUUUGCAUGGCAAAAACUCACCUAUCCCUCUCCCAUCAGCCUGAGAGGAAGGGUGUUCCCACUGGAUUCAUUUUGCCGAUUAGUGAUGUGCGAGCCAGCAUUGGAGCUGGAUUCAUCUACCCUCUGGUAGGAACGAUGAGCACCAUGCCAGGACUGCCCACAAGGCCAUGCUUCUAUGACAUUGACCUUGACCCCAUCACAGAGCAAGUGAAAGGAUUGUUUUGAGAGUG